GCAAAACCUCAACAAACGCGUCUGUGCUAGAAACGCACUGUUUGUGAGCAGCCGUAUAUUGUAUCCAUUUCAUUACAAAUUUUAUAGAGAAGGUAUCUACAUGAAUUUUUGAAUAUAUUCAAGAUAGUGGAUCCUUCAAUAGUGCUUCUCUUAAAAACUAAGGAAUGCCUUAAACAUGUCUUCGGAUUUAUUGUCUCAAAAGAAGGACCAUUUUAUCCCAGUUCUCCUCAAUGAAUGUAGUAUUGAUUCUCCAUCCUUCCGUGCUAGUAUUCACUUCUUGGGCAACCAACUUCGAGCAUAUAGCCAAUGGUCUGAGGAAUUUUUACGCUCGUGCCUGAAAUAUACACAGGCAAUAGAGGCCAUUGAGCCAGUUGUUGCAACCAUUUCGUUUCAGUCAAUGCCUUCCGUCAUUUCUUGCGGAUUUUUUGAUCCUGACUAUGCAACGACAGCUCUUUUAAAUGGUCAAGAAAUAUUUCGCUCUACCUUCUUAAUCCAGAUGGAGCAAGCAAGAAACAUACGCAAGUAUGUUGUUAAUCCCAUGGAAUUAUUCCAUGAUUCCAAGUUACGACCAUUGCUUCAACUUGAUGAGCGUUAUCGCACUGAACGAGAGCAUUAUGAUGCUGAGAUGUUAAGAUAUGCUUCUUCGAGUCAAAUGAAGGAUCUUGCUCAAAUGCGUGAUGAGGCGAAAUCUCUUUGUGAUGCUCGUAGUACCUAUUUUACUACCGCUUUGCAGUAUGUCGUACAAUUGGGCUCUUUCCACUCUUCCUUGGAUAGUAUCGCCCUAGAGAGUGUGGGUCGGUUUUCCGUCGAAACUUUUCGACUUAGCAGUCAGCUGCAUGAAUCAAACGCGAGUGCCCAUGAUCAAAUUGUGCGUCUGUUGUCUUAUGGAUCAAAGCUCAAUGAAUCUCAACCCGCUCUCAAGACACUGAUUACGAAUGUAUAUAACCGUAUGGAAAGGGAAAUUUUAAAGCGUAUCCAGCCACCUUCAAAUCUUGAAAGUUAUCGUAUCGACACGAAAAACACGUUCAAUACGACGGCUACGAGACUACAAGGAUGGCUCCUUCGAAAUGUUAGUUCUAAUAAACCAGAAAAUAAAGCAGUCUGGAAGAAAUUUUGGUUUUUUAUUGACAAUGGCUAUUUUGGAUAUCUUACUGAUGAUGCAAAUGGCGGCGUUUUUGAAAGCGAACGUAUUGGUGUCUUGCUUUGCAAGUUUAGCCCGUUGGUCAACGGCCAUCGAAGAUUUUGUUUUCAAAUAAAAACAAAAUCUUCCUUGUUUAUUUUGCAAGCUGAGACUCAAUUGGAUAUGAUAAAAUGGGAAAAGGUUUUUCAUAAUGCACGCGCACACUGCUUAAAUGGCAAAAUUUCUGCGGAUUUAAUUUUAUCUCCCACACUUCCUUCUUUCUCAGCAAGAUCACUAGCUCCCGUCAAUGGUCGUCGUCGUAAUCAGUCUAAUCCCAAAAACGGUAAAUCCUCACGUGCCCAUUCUGAAAGGCUUCUUUGUGGACAAGGUAAUUACGAAAUUUCAACCAUUAUGCGUUCAAGAAGUCUGCCUAGUGUGCCUUCAGCACAAAAAAUAAUUCACAAUACAGCCUCCCAUAAUCGAUCAGAUCUCCUCGCACCUUGGAGUAUAGUAGCAGCUCCCGUAAUGACAAAUCUUACUUCUGAUACAAUUACCAGUUUCUUAGAUCACGAAGGAUACUUCUCGGGUAACUCACCGUCCGCGCUUAUGGCUAAUUUUUGGGGAUCUGUGAACUAUGGUCAUGUUUUAGAACAACGGAACUGGCAUUUGGGUCCAGAAUUUGGUCUUACUUAUCAAAGAAUAUCGAGGGAGGUAAAUUUAGAAUCCUUCCCGGCUGAGUUGAAAUUAAGAAAUGCAGAAUUUAAGGGAAUUUUUGGUGAGUUGGCAACUUCCGCGGUUCUAUUUGUUAGUCGCGUUGUAAGUAAGCGUGAAGGUCAGAUUAGGAUGCCUGGAAGAAUGUAUUGCACUAUGCGCGGCGUAUUCAUUUACUAUAGAAUUAGUGGAUUAGUGCUUAUCGAACAUAUCCCCAUCUCAAAAAUCUCAAAUGUUAAAUACUUUACAAGCAGCAAAUGUGAUUACUUUUAUUUGAGCGUGACGAAAUACGGAACUCUUAGAUUCCGGUUAUACCUUGAUUCUUCAAAACUAUUACACGAUCGUUUAAACAUUUUAAUAUAUAAUUACGUUGCGGACGAUCCCAUGAACAGUGUUAAAUUACUGUCUCGAAUUCGUGAAGUUCAGAAAAAUUAUGCUUUUGAGAAACCAAACGUAGAUCAAUCUGCCAUACCAGAUUUCGACGCAAUCUCUCGUCCCCAGACUCAUGUUCGAGGAAGAAGUAAAACGCUUUCAACGCCAUCCGAAACUGUUUAUAAAGAAGAUGACCAUGUAAUUGAGCAAAUGAGAAGACUCAAUAUUGCUAGACUUCCGAAGGAAACGGUUCAAGUAGCUCGGUCUGAUCAUAUGGAUGAUAUAAUUCUGGAUAACGUGUACGAUGUUUCUUCUAAAGCGUUGUUUCAUAUUGUUUUCGGAGAUAAAAGCAACUUCUUGCUUAGGCUUUAUAAGCUUCAUGGUAUUGAAGACAUUGAACUUCUUCCAUGGAUACAGGAUGAAAAUACAGGGAAAAUUUAUCGUUAUAUAAAUUACAAACUUCAUUAUCGAGACUCGAAGGGCGUGUUUCAUUCACAGCAUUAUCAGGACCGUCAAUCCCAAGAUAAGCGUAAUGAGUACAAUUUAUAUAUACUAUCAUGGUAUCAUCACCCUUGGGCUAUUCCCUAUAAGGAAUCUUUCAGAUUGGUAAUUAGAACUUCAAUAUCUCAUCUGAGAAAAAAUAAAAGUCGGCUUCUUCUUUCGAUUGGCAUUGAAUGGAUAAAGAAACCAUUUGGUGUCUCCAAAGUUUUAGAAGCAGUGGCUAGAGACAUUGCUCUUAAAUACAUGGAUUUAGAAGCUCUUUAUCUCGAUAAAGCCGUUUUGGCAGCCAAAAAUCUUCCUAUAUUAACCAUCGUCAAUCAAUAUGGUAAGGUUGGUGAUUACUCUGAGUCUGUUGUUUUUCAAAGAAAACUUCCAUAUGUUUCACAGCUGAGCAGCCCUUCCAUGUUUUAUUUAAUACGUAGUCAUAUAUGGUUAUUCUUGGGUGGACUUGCUAUGGACCUUGCUGUUUUACCAUGGGCUAUACUGAGCAUUUUCGUGCGUUAUACUUUUUCACACUCUUUUGUAAUGACUUUAUUGGCUUUAUCGCUGACUUCAAACCUUAUAUUGACAUAUAACUUUGGGGAAAACUUUUGGAAAGAAAGACAAGAUCAACAGUUUCUUAACCAAGUGUUCGAUGAUUUCAAACAAUUAGAAACUUCUGCUCGAUAUGUUCAUAUGAAAGAUGUAGAUGACUUAUUGGUUGGUCUUCCCACAUACAGACAUCCAAAUUUAACUGAAAACGGGGAAUGUAUACGAUCGUUUAUUAGCUAUCCUUCACAGGCUAAAACCCACUGGAUGGAAAAAAGAAACUAUAUUGCAGAAAAAAGGAAAUACGUUAUGAUGAAGCUAGCAUCUUUGAAUUAUUUUGAUUACCUUGUACACCAGGAUGCAAUAUACGAACACGUUCAACACGAACUUCUGACUUGCCAGAAAGCUAAAGUCCUAGGGUUAUAUCCGUCUCAAAUUGAGAAGUAUUGUUCAUCUUGUGAAUCAGAAUGGCAAAAUCGCACUUUGUUUUUUGGUGAAGAUAAUCUUGCAACAAGGCUACUCAAUUUAGAUACUCAAUUAUCUUCAGAACCACCCAUAAAGUAAAAAAAAAAAAGGAUUUUAUAUGGGUAACUUAAUGAAUUACAGAAAAAUGUUACUUUACGUUUUUAUUUAUAAUUGACUGUUUCAACGCCAUGUUAGUAAAAUUACAAAAGAAAGCUCGAGACGUUAAGUAGCGUAGAUUUUAGGAUAUAUAUAUGUAAAAUAU